AUGGCUUACAAAACGCAGCCUGGUACCGCACCACCGCCGCCAGGAGCCCCGAUUCAAUGGAUGGAGAGCAUCCCAUUGAUUCCGAAUUGUCCCCCAGGGCUUGAAUAUCUCACACAAAUCGAUCAAAUCAUUGUAGAACAGAAAGUCAGCUUGUUAGAGGCGUUUACUGAAUGGGAAGUCAAGAAUAAAUAUGCGAUUUAUAAUGGAGCUGGACAACAGGCCUAUUUUGCCUUUGAAGAGUCGGAUGGUUGUGAGAGAUUGUGCUGUGGAGCGGCUCGUGGUUACACUUUACACAUUGUCGAUAACUUUCAAAAGGAAGUUGCCAAGAUCACACGUCCUUUUCUCUGCUGUGGGAAUCUUUGCUGUCAGAAUGAGACCACUAUCGAAGCUCCACCAGGAAAUGUGAUUGGUGUCGUUCGACAGCAAUUCGGCUGUGCUAGCCACAAUUUCGCUAUUUACACUCCCGAUGGCGAGGCUCAAUUGGAAAUUCAUGGCCCAAACGAGUGUGGCUUCGGUUUUGCGUGUAAUUGCUGCGCUGAUAAGGUCUUCAAGGUGAAAACCCUAGAAGGUGAUACGAUCGGUGACAUUCGAAAGAAAUGGACUGGGAUGACGAGGGAGUAUUUCACCGAUGCCGAUACGUUCACCGUAAAGUUUCCCAUCGAUCUCAACGUGAACACCAAGGCGACACUGAUUGCGGCGACUUUCUUGAUUGAUUUCCUCUGUUUCGAGGACAACAACGCGAGUCGG